UAUAUACAGUAAUUUAUAUAUAUAUCCAAGCGCUGAACCCUUUCUCGCACAUUCAUCUGUUGAUCUUUUCUCCUGGUCGAUUGAUAAUUAAUGGGUUUAGCAACUAGGAAUCUACAAGCUUUUUUGAUGAUGGCAGCUCUUUUUCAAGUGUCUUUGGGUGCUGUUUACAUGGUGGGCGACUCUGCUGGCUGGAUGUUGCCAAUUUUAGGCAUAGUCGAUUACAACAAAUGGACUUCUAACAAGACCUUUCAUGUUGGAGAUAUUAUUAUAUUCAAUUACAACAGUCUAUUUCAUAACGUGAGAGAAGUAACGCACCAAAAUUUUAAGAAUUGCAAUGCAACAUCUCCCAUCGUUAGUUACGACAGCGGGUUCGACGCUAUCACCCUCAAAACGCUUGGCCACUGGUAUUUUAUAUGUGGUGUUGCUGGUCACUGCCAAAUGGGAAUGAAGGUUGACAUCAAGGUCACUCCAUUUUCUCCUCCCCCAACUGCCUCUCCAGCACCAGCACCAGCUCCCAUUUCUGGCGCUUAAUCGCCGUGAAGCUGCGACUGCUCCACCAAGAACACUGCUUCAUCGAUCUGUCCAUAUAAAUUCAACCUCUUAUCAGCAAUUUUAAUCAGUGAUUUUGCUUUUGCAUGUACUAGACGUACAGGUUUGUCAGAUAAUAUUGCCAAAAAGUUUGUAAGAUAUUAUAAUAUUGGUUGGAUCUCUAAAGGUUUAAUGUUUCAAUUAAUUGUUAUUUAAUGGACACGAUA